AUGGCAAUAGCUUUAAAGGCUCUCCUACUUCACCUGAUACUCUUCUUCUUUGCUUCUCUUGCGGAAACAAACAACCCGCGAAAGAUAUACCUUGUGCAGAUGAAAGUUGCUGGGCAUCGAUAUGGGUCAAGUUCCGGUCACCAGGAACUACUCGGCGAAGUUCUUGACGAUGAUAGCACCGUAGCGAGUGCACUCAUCUACAGUUAUAGGGAGAGCUUCACGGGUUUCUCGGCUAGACUCACACAAAAUGAACGGCAAAAGCUCAAGAGGAGGAGAGAGGUCUUAGAAGUGUUACGUAGUAGAAACCUAAAGCCUCAUACGACACGAUCAUGGGACUUCAUGAAUCUAACAUUAGCAGCUAAGCGAAAUCCCGAGGUUGAGAGUGAGUUGGUUGUGGCUGUCAUCGACUCUGGCAUUUGGCCUUACUCUGAGCUCUUCAGAAGCGACAGCCCUCCUCCUCCGGCUUGGCAAAAUAAAUGCCAAAACAUAACUUGCAACAAGGAAAUAGAGAAGGCCAGCUACUUUGGGCUGGCGGAAGGCACAAUGAGAGGUGGUGUUCCAAACGCAAAGAUCGCCGUCUACAAAAUAUGUUGGAGAAUAAGAAACAAAAAAGGUAAAGAGGUUCUUGUUUGUCCACAACAUAAAGCCUUGGAGGCAAUAGAGGAUGCCAUCAAGGACGAGGUCGACGUAAUUUCGUAUUCUCAGGGGUUGGAUUAUCCGGUUCCAAUGCACAAAGAUUGUGUCUCGUGGGCAUUUUUAAGAGCAGUUGAGAAAGAUAUUUUGAUUUCAACCUCCGCCGGAAACUUCGGCCCUAACUACUACGCUGUGGUUAACGGUGCACCUUGGGUAUACAACACGAUCAACACCUUCGAGACACAAGAUUCUUUCUACCCACUUUUGUUAGAAACUGAAUCAACAAGAAAACGCGAACUCAUCGCUGAGAGCAAAGAUGAUUUAGUCUCCUCUAAUCAUAAGACCGACAAAGGAAAAGAUGUUUUCUUCGACAUCUCAGAAAUGACAAUAUUGGACAAAGCGAUUGAAGAGAGAGCAAAAGGUGUAAUCGCAGUGGGUGGAUUUAGCAACUAUAAUGAGUCUGAAAAGUUACAGUUUCCUAUCGCUUCUAUAUUUCUGGACGACAAAAUGGGAAUUGGCCUAUGGGACUACUAUGAAGAUAAAAGAAAUCAUUCAGUCAAAAUCCAUAAGACAGUGGAAAUUCCUCGAGAAGAGGGAUGGGAUCCAACUAUUGCGGACUUGUCUUCGAGGGGUCCUAAUUGCGAUAAUUUUCUAGCAAACAUUCUCAAGCCCGAUAUAGCUGCUCCAGGGUUAGACAUUGUAGCGGGUUGGCCUGAGAAUGUGAAUCUCUUACAAGUUCCUGCCAAUGACUACCGCCAUCUGAGAUUCAACAUCUUGUCAGGAACUUCCAUGGCUUGCCCUCAUGCCACUGGACUUGCCUUGUAUGUCAAGUCAUUCAAACCUUCUUGGUCUCCUUCCGCUAUUAAAUCCGCCCUAAUGACCACUUCCACGGAAAUGUUAGGUCUAGGCAAUGACUUCGCAUACGGGUCAGGACAGUUAAACGCUACAAAAGUCUUAGACCCUGGUCUGAUCUACGAGACAAAGCACCAAGACUACAUAGAUUACAUAUGCAAACAAGGCUACAACACAGAGAAGCUAAGAUCGCACGUCGGAAACCACAAGAUAAAUUGCUCCGGGACCAAGAUAGACCAAAACGCAGACCUCAACUAUCCAACCAUGUCGGCUAGAGUCAAACUCAACGCCGAAUUCUCCAAAGUCUUCUAUAGAACGGUCACCAACGUUGGCGACCGAAACUCCACUUACCUUGGAGAAAUCAAGUUCCGAGGUGAGAAGAGUUUAUGGGCUAAUAUCACUGUGAACCCUAAACGGCUACACUUUAGCGAGUUGGGAGAGACCAAGACUUUCACGGUGAACGUCACCGGGAAAGCGGAGCCGAAUUCGAAGUACUCGAAGGAUUCGUUUAUGAUAGGGAAUACGUGGCUCACGUGGACGGAGAUGAACGGUUCUCGACAAGUCAGGAGUCCCAUUGUCAUAUACUCUAUUAUUAUUGAUAAGGAAUCUCGAGCUUGUCUUUCCAUUGCCGUUGUAUGUUCGAGCAGAACGUUGGCACCGUCUCCGAGCGAUUCGAAGCUUAGGGUUUAUGUAGUCGUUGUUGAUCGUGCGUUGUAUCACAAUGACUGUAAGAAAUACGAACAACUUCUCAGAAAGGUGCUUCAUGGAAGGCCAUCAGAUCUAGCUCCACUACAUUGCUACAAAAACGUCAUGAGCGGAUUUGCAGCAGCACUCACCGCAGAAGAAGCUGAAGAACUAAAAGGUGAAAAUGGAGUUCUUAGUGUAAUAGUAGACAACAUAUACGAUAUCCAGGAUUAA